AUGUUGAAAAAAAGGAUCAUAUCUUUACCAGACUAUAAGACCUCAAUACCUUCACUGAUAAUCCAUAACAUUUCAGAGUCCCAUAAGAAAAGCGCACUGAAGAACAAGCGCGUCCGCACUAUUUUCACACCCGAGCAACUAGAGUGCCUGGAAGCUGAGUUCGAACGGCAACAGUAUAUGGUCGGGCCCGAGCGGCUCUAUCUGGCGCACACGCUGAAGCUGACGGAGGCACAGGUGAAGGUAUGGUUCCAGAACCGGAGGAUCAAGUGGCGCAAGCACCACCUGGAGCUCACCCAGCAGCGGCUGGCGUUGAUUCGACAAACACAGCUACCCGGUUCCGCGAUAUUGGGCAAUCAGGUGUCCGGUUGUACAGCGAAUCCAGUGGGACACUCUGCUUCCACGGAUCUUACAGCCGGCAUUGCAGCUUCGCCAAGGAGCUUGCCAGAGGAGGAGGAUAACGAGGACAGUAAGCAAUCGCUUUCGUUGUCCGGUGCAAUGCCAUCGAUGAGUCGGGCUCAAUCCGAGUCGGAUCUAUCCAUUUGCAAUGAUUCCCUAGAUGGUGACAGUCUUAUGGAUGGCAGCGAAGAAGCUUAA